AUGGUGCCCCACGCGGACGUCAAGCGAUUCCUGCGCACGGCUCGGAUUGUCUGCAAGGCCUCCGAGUACGUCUUGGUGACGUUGAGAGGAUGCAAGCUCAACGAUGACUCGAAAAGGUGGCUCCGCCACUAUCGAGCGCGGCAUAUAGCUGUGUCGAGGCGGCAGCUGCUGCAUAUUGGUGAAGCAAGUGAACCUGAAGAAAUUGACAUGAACUGUUGGGGAGUUCCCGCGCUGUGGCCUUGCCAGAAGGCAUGCCUGGAUGCUUGCGCCCACGGGGCUCGAAUAGUAGAAAUGGCUUGUGGAAGUGGGAAGACCCGCGUUAUCCGGGAGAUGGCCAUGAACAUAUCAGGCAAGGUGUUGGUGACUGUUCCUUCGCGAGUUCUGCUUGAACAGUUUGCUGACGAAUUCCCUACAUACUGCAAAGUGGGCAUGGGAUACAACAAGAACAUCAAUUACAGUGCUCGCGGCUUCGUUGCAGUCACCGACUCUGUGCACAGGUUGCAGAACAUAAGUUUCGAUGCCGCCUUUGUAGAUGAAGCACACCACCCAGUCCCACAAGGGAUGCCGCAAGCAGCCAACAUGCAUUUGUUCUCUGCAACACUGCGUGAGAAGGCUCUGGGGGAAAAAGGGAAUCCCACAUGUGUCUUCAUGCGAUGCGCCUUGCAUUUUUGUAAGAUAGCUUGCUGUGGAAAUGAAAUUGAAAAAUGGUUUGAACUUCAAGUUGCCUUGCUGGCCUUGUUCCAGGCAGACUUCCAGUAUACAAUGCGACAGGCGAUUGAAGAUGGGGUACUGUGCGACUACGAUCUCACAGUGCCGUUAACGUCGAAAGCUCACCCUUACUUGUGCUUGGCGGAGAUGCUGCAGUCCGAAGCUGGCCGAUUCAGAAGAGUGCUCGCAUAUUGCAAUUCUGUUCAUGAGGCCAAGCGUUUUCAGCAGCUGUUGGAGUCAUUUGGUUUGGCUGCGUGGCACAUCAAUGGACGGACACGCCUUCGUGUGCGACAGCAGGUGCUAGGUGAAUUUACUGGACCGUUGCAGAAACCGGUGCACGUGCUCGUAACGGUGCAGGUUCUAGGGGAGGGCAUCAACAUUCGAAAUGCAGACACAUGCAUGUUUGUGGAGCCUCGGAGCAGCUACACCAGCAUUGUACAGGCCAUAGGACGCGUGCUGCGCAAGAAUCCCGCGAAGCCACUGGCUCACAUUGUUUUGCCAGCGGUUGCUGUUGUUGCAAAUGCAAGUAUGCCAGAAGCCGUGCAUCGUGAUGGGGGACGUUUGGAUGCCUCCAAUGAGGCUCCACUUCCAACAGCCUCAGCACCUAAGCCACAAAUCUGGAAUGUUGCCCCCACACAGAGAGAAGUUCGUCACCACAAGCACGAAUGCACACAUCCAUCGACUUACAGGACAUCGAACACGGCAGCUCGAAUGGCUGCAGCUGAUUCUUCCCGGUCGACCUUCAAAGAUCUGGCUUCGUCGCAGCUGUCAAAGGAUUUGGAAAAACCCGGUGGAAAGGUGAUAGCAGAUGCUGCAACCAGCAAAAUGCGAAAACACCAACAAGGCAGCUUUGUAGAAAAAGGAUGUUGCCCACGGCCAGCAAAGAUGGCAAACGUGCCGGAUGGAGAACUGGACCACGCGCCUGGCACAGCUUUUCAGUUGCAGGUGGAGGCUACCCUCCGUCCUGCUGACAUGGCUGAGCGAUUGCCAAGUGAUGGAGUUUCAGUAGCUGCCGCGGGAGAACAAGACCGAGAGCAGCAUACCCGAAAUCCGGCCAGAGUCAGGAUGCGUCAGGUUCGGCAUGCAAGGCCGACGGACGAAGGCUACUCCAUGCAGGUUGAGCGUUUUUUGGCCGUUAUCGCCAUGGCCGACAGUCGGCUGCAUGACAAGUCUUUGAGCUCGCGUUUAAGAAUCGUGGAUGUCAGACAAGGCAGACCUACAGCUUCUUUACUUCCCAUAGCAACAGACGUGCUUACUCAGCUGUCGUUGGUGCUCGCGCAAGGAAAUCCUUGGGAAGCAAGACUUCAGGCAGUAGAGGAGUUUGUCGCUGAGCAAGGCAGGCUUCCAGUAGAAAGGGGACCUUCAGUGCGGGAAUCGUUGUUGGGCUGUUGGUUGCGCAAUGUUGGAGUGCGACUCAGGCAGAAGGUGCUCUCCACAUACAGAGUUCAAAGGUUCAUGAAUUCAACCUCACCACUGGUGCGGGCUCGGGCCUGGGACUGGCUGGGACAGGACGUGGUCUUCCGGAAGAGAUGUGAUAUGUUGAGGGAGUACAUUCACGAAAACGGUGCGUUGCCAAACCUGUCACGAAACACGUGCAGCACGCACACAGAGCAGCAGCUGGGUUUAUUCCUCCUGCGAUUGAAGAAAGGUUCCUUCCAUGUAACUCUGUCCAGACUCCAGUUUUUGAAAGGCUUGCACCCAUAUGUUCGUGACCUUCUUGAGAGUUGGGAAGGAAACCCAGACAUCGUGAUGAUGUCUACCUGGAGGCUUCGGAUUUCAGAAUUGAAAAGUGCGGUGAAGCAAAGUGGAAGGCUCCCAAGUCCCAUGGUCCCUGCGGAGAAGUCGAUAUACUGGUGGUUAUCUGCGCAGAAGUACAGAUUCCUCAUGCUGCCGGCAGCACUCCAGCAGCAGCUUACGAGCAUUGAUCCCGACGUUGCUGCAUUCGUGCAG